UCCCCAUAUCGAUUGGUGCUUAGAAAUUUUUCAGUCAUCACCAAUUAGAAAAUUUCAUAUUCAAUUGAUCAAUCAGCGAUGUGCUGUUGAAUCCUUCAUAAUUGUGGGGAAUAGAAAUUCGAUUCACUCUACAUAUCUAGUAUUUAUACAAUCGAAGCUCCAGAUAAAUUCGCCGAGGUCGUGUUUUUGGUUAUUAGUUCAUUUCCAUUUCUUUCGUGAGUGGUUUGUCGUCGCAAGGCUACUUACAUAAACAAAAUGCUAGAUCGGAUUUCAUAUGUAAUUCGUUAGUGCCGUACAUGAUUCAACUAUCGUACGCACGGUGAGAAACAUUUUUACACGGACAUUUACAUUACGAAGAUCGAAUUAAUCGGUAAAUUUUAACGUGAGAAAGAUGGGAGAUUCCGAUGAGGAAAAUGAGAAAGAUCUAGCGUCUGGUCUCAACAUCACCGGCUUCCUCUUCGGCAACAUCGAUGACAAUGGUCAGUUGGAGGACGAUAUCUUAGAUGCCGAUGCCAAGCAACAUCUAGCUUCGCUAGGUCGCCUCGGUUUGAGCUCGUUCAUUAAUGAAAUGAUGUCCAACGAUGGUAACACAGAGGAAAUAGAGAACAGCAAAGCAGAUGAUAAAGAGGAUCAGAGUGGAAUUAUGAAUGACACAGAUGUAGAUUACUUAGCGAAAUCACCUACUGCUCUAGACUUCUCGGAUAUAAAUGAAUUGGCGGACGAUAUAAAUGAUGAAAUUUCCAAGAAUAAUGUACUUGACAAAAAAGUAGACAAAGAGAAUGCAGAUUAUGAUGCUGACGAUGAGGAGGUUGUCAAUAAGUCUGACACACAGCUGAUGCCACCGCCGCCAAUACCAGAGGAGAAAGAAACAUUGACGGCGGAAGAAGUGGAAGCAGCACGUCAACGUAAAUUAGAAACACCCCUUGCUUCAAUGCUGCCAUCCAAGUAUGCUAAUAUUGACGUCACUGAACUGUUUCCGGACUUCCGUGCCAACAAAGUGCUUAGGUUCUCACGGCUGUUCGGUCCAGGUAAACCAAGCAGUCUUCCACAGAUAUGGAGAGGUGUUAGAAAGCGACGUAAGAAGAAAAAACAUCAUGAUGUUAGAGAUUCCGAUUCUGGCUCUGAUCAAGAUGACAAAAAAUCUAAAUUUAAGGGAUGGAUCAUGCAUUAUGGCCCUGAACCAAGCGCGGAGGCGUGUCGUUCGGAUGAUGAGAAUAAACUGCUGCGACCAAUAGAAGACAAAGAACAGACUGGUAAGACUGGCGAGAAUGGGGAAAACGGUGACAUGGGACCCAAAGUGGCUGAUUGGAGAUUCGGACCUGCGCAGCUAUGGUACGACAUGCUGGAAGUUCCAGAAACUGGAGAUGGAUUCAACUAUGGUUUUAAAAUAAUUGAAAAAGCGGAAGAACAAGAAAACGAAAAGAUUAAAGACGAAGAAUCUGCGGAUGACGCAUUCUUGAUGGUGUCUCAGUUACAUUGGGAGGAUGACGUUGUCUGGAACGGAGACGAUAUAAAGCAUAAAGUAACACAGAAACUGAACAGUAAAAAUAAUGCUGCCGGCUGGGUACCAUCAAGCGGCAACAGAACUGCUCAAGCCUUCAGUCAGCCCGGGAAGGGUGCCCCGGUUACUGUAGCACCUAAUGUCAGACUAGCCACAUCGCAAAUUACAACGCCAUUGCACAUGCAAUCUCAAAAGAAUAAGAUGAACAUGGGCAAGGGAAACCAGCAACAACAACGGGAGGAGGACGACACUUGGUAUUCGAUAUUUCCGGUAGAGAACGAGGAACUUGUUUACGGCUUAUGGGAAGAGGAAGUAAUCUGGGAUCCCGAGAACAUGAAAAAGAUCCCAAAACCGAAAAUACUUACAUUGGAUCCGAAUGAUGAAAACAUAGUCCUGGGCAUACCGGAUGACAUCGAUCCCGCUCUUCUCCAUAAGGACAACGGUCCGCAGCCUAAGGUAAAAAUUCCGCAUCCGCACGUCAAAAAGAGCAAGUUACUGUUGGGUAAAGCAGGUGUCAUUAACGUUCUCGAGGAAGACACUCCGCCACCACCGCCGAAAUCACCCGAUCGGGAUCCGUUUAACAUAUCAAACGACACAUAUUAUAUGCCUAAGUCCUCGGAAACCACGUUGAGACUGAAAGUCGGUGGCGGCAAUUUAAUACAGCACAGCACUCCGGUCGUGGAGUUACGCGUGCCUUUUGUACAAACACAUAUGGGUCCAAUGCGCUUGAGAAACUUUCAUAGACCACCGUUGCGAAGAUUUAGUCAUGGUCCAUUGUCUCAUCCGGGACCACACGGUGUCUUGCCUCUGCUGAAGCACAUCAAGAAGAAGGCGAAACAACGAGAACAAGAAAGAAUUGCUUCUGGUGGAGGUGAUGUGUUUUUCAUGAGAACACCUGAGGACUUGACCGGACGAGACGGCGAGUUGGUACUAGUUGAAUUCUCAGAGGAGCAUCCACCACUUAUGAAUCAAGUUGGUAUGUGUUCCAAAGUAAAGAACUAUUAUAAGAGAAGGGCAGGCAAGGAUCAAGGACCUCAAACAUAUAGAUACGGAGAGACGGCGUAUGCUCACACAAGUCCUUUCCUGGGAAUUCUCACUCCUGGCCAAAGCAUUCAGGCGAUCGAGAACAAUAUGUACAGAGCGCCCAUUUAUGAGCAUAAAAUUCCCGAGACUGAUUUCUUGGUCAUAAGAACAAGGCAACAAUAUUAUAUUAGAGAAAUGGACGCUUUGUUUGUCGCCGGACAGGAAUGUCCGCUUUACGAAGUUCCUGGACCUAAUUCAAAGAGAGCCAAUAACUUCGUACGUGAUUUUCUACAAGUUUUUAUAUACAGGCUGUUUUGGAAAUCGCGCGAUACACCUCGUCGCAUUAAAAUGGACGAUAUAAAAAAGGCUUUUCCAUCCCAUAGUGAAAGCAGCAUUAGAAAGAGAUUGAAAUUAUGUGCGGAUUUUAAGAGAACUGGUAUGGAUUCUAAUUGGUGGGUGAUAAAGCCCGACUUUAGAUUGCCGACGGAAGAGGAGAUUCGUGCCAUGGUAUCACCGGAACAAUGUUGCGCUUAUUUCAGCAUGAUCGCAGCAGAACAGCGUCUGAAGGACGCUGGCUAUGGUGAGAAAUUUCUGUUUACUCCUCAGGACGAUGACGACGAAGAUAUGCAACUGAAGAUGGACGACGAGGUGAAAGUGGCACCAUGGAAUACAACACGAGCUUAUAUUCAAGCCAUGAAAGGAAAGUGCCUGUUGCAAUUGGCUGGUCCAGCUGAUCCAACUGGCUGUGGUGAAGGUUUCUCCUAUGUCAGAGUACCGAAUAAACCGACUAUUAGCAAGGAGGAGCAAGAAGCUCAACCGAAAAGGACUGUGACCGGUACAGAUGCGGACUUAAGGAGAUUGUCUUUGAACAAUGCUAAAGCGUUAUUGCGAAAGUUUGGCGUACCCGAGGAAGAAAUUAAAAAAUUAUCACGUUGGGAAGUAAUUGACGUGGUACGAACCCUAUCGACGGAGAAAGCGAAAGCCGGCGAAGAAGGCAUGACGAAAUUUUCCCGUGGCAAUCGUUUUUCUAUCGCCGAACAUCAAGAACGUUACAAGGAGGAGUGCCAACGUAUUUUCGACUUGCAAAAUCGUGUGCUAUCGUCAAACGAAGUACUGAGUACAGACGAGGGAGAGAGCUCGGAGGAGGACAGUUCGGACAUUGAGGAGAUGGGUAAGAACAUCGAAAAUAUGUUGUCGAACAAAAAGACUAGUACGCAAUUGUCGCUGGAGCGGGAAGAGCAACAGCGGCAUGAGCUGCGAAAAAUGUUAAUGGGCGAGGCGCAGGAGCAGGAGAGCAAAAAAGGCAAGGAAAACAAGAAAAAGGACGAGGAAGAGGACAAUUCGGUUAACAAUUUCAACGCGCAGCAGGGUCGUGUAUUAAAGAUCUACCGCACGUUCCGAAAUCCGGAGGGUAAAGAGUAUACGCGAGUCGAGUUGGUGAGAAAGCCCGCCGUGAUCGACACGUACAUCAAGAUUCGUAAUUCAAAGGACGAGACAUUUAUUAAACAGUUUGCCACGUUGGACGAAGCGCAGAAGGAAGAGAUGAAGCGGGAGAAACGUAGAAUUCAGGAGCAACUGCGACGGAUUAAGCGAAAUCAGGAGAGAGAACGUAUGCUGGGCGGGCCGCCGAUAGUGAAUGGCAGCAGCAUCAACAGUUCGAAUAACAACAUAUUUGAUCGUAGUAAUACUAAUACUCCGAUCACCACUUCCUCAACUAGUAUCCUUCCAUUCUGUAAUUUCCAAUCCUCUUCUUCUUCCGCCCCCGCGCCUAAGCAUCCUAAACCAGAGGUAUCACCUCCCAAACGUAAAAAACCUAAACUCAAACCAGAUCUCAAACUUAAAUGCGGCGCUUGUGGCAACGUUGGCCACAUGCGCACCAACAAGGCUUGUCCGCUCUACCAGAACAGCAUCGCCACCGCACCGGUUAAUGUUGCGAUGACCGAGGAGCAGGAGGAGGAGAUCGAGAAACAAUUGAACACCGAUGAUCAGGAUUUAGUAAAUGUCGAUGGUACCAAGGUGAAGCUGUCCUCAAAACUGAUCAAACAUGCCGAAGAAAUGAAGAGGCGUACGCUGCUGCUCAAAGUGCCGAAGGAAGCAGUGAAUUCGAAGAAACGUAGAAAACCACCCACGGAUGACCAUUGUGAUUAUUUGAAACGCCACCAAAGACCGGUUAACAGGCGUAGGACCGACCCGGUUGUCGUGAUGUCGACGAUGUUAGAGAGCAUUCUGAACGAGAUGAGAGAUCUACCGGAUGUGCAACCGUUCUUAUUCCCGGUCAAUGCUAAAAUCGUACCCGAUUAUCACAAGAUUAUACAGCGACCGAUGGAUCUGCAAACUAUACGCGAAAACUUGAGACUGAAAAAAUAUCAAAGCAGAGAGGAGUUCCUGGCGGAUGUUAAUCAGAUUGUAGAAAACUCGACGCUCUAUAACGGAGCAAAGAGUUCCUUGACAGUGGCCGCUAAGAGAAUGCUAGAUACGUGUGUCGAGAGGCUCGGCGAAAAAGAAGAUCGCCUAAUGAGGCUGGAGAAGGCGAUCAAUCCUCUUUUGGAUGAUAAUGAUCAGGUCGCUCUCACCUUUAUCUUAGAUAAUGUUGUUAACAAUAAAUUGAAAUCCAUGACCGAAGUUUGGGCAUUUAUGAAGCCUGUCAAUAAAAAAAUGGUGAAAGAUUAUUAUAACAUUGUUAAAAGGCCGAUGGAUCUGGAAACGAUAUCUAAAAAAGUAUCUGCGCAUAAAUAUCAUAAUCGUAAUGAGUUUCUUAGAGAUAUCGAACAGAUCUUGGAGAACAGUAUACUUUAUAAUGGCAAAGAUUCUUCACUCACAAAUAAAGCAGAGUUGCUGGUUAAAGUGUGUAAAGAAACAUUAGACGAAUACGACGAACAUCUAACGCAAUUGGAGAACAAUAUACUGCUCGUACAGAAACGAGCGAUGGAGCAAGCAGAUAUAGAUUCUUCAUGGCUUUGCCCGGAUGAGGAAAAUUAUACUAUCGCGGAACCUGAAUUCAGAGGGAGUCAGACCAGUUCACCGGAGAAUCCAUUUGGCAAAUCAAAUAUGGACGAUUUCGAUUUUGUCGAUGUAGAAGGUGAUAUGGAAACAGACAUUGAUAGGAGUUCGAAAAAGAAAGAUGUGCUUGAAGAAGAUCUUCAGUUCUCCAGUGAGGAUGAAUUCGAUGAAGUACCGUUCGGUACAGACGAACAUUCCGAGCAAAACGAAGCGGAGGCUCUGGAGUUAGAUGAAGUCAGAGAAGAAGGCGUCGUAUUAGCGGAUGAUGACAGCCAACAAGCUGCCGAGGCAAUGGUCCAGUUGGGCAACGUUGGCUUUUAUAUGGGCGAACAACAAUUGCUUCAUCAAGAUGAGAGCAUGGAUGUCGAUCCAAAUUAUGAUCCAUCGGAUUUCCUAUUGGCCGGUUUACCGGCCAAAGAUGAUAAAGGCGAGAAUAAGAUUCAAGAUGAUCUGGCUGUUUCUGAGAGCGACGAUGACGCUGAGAAUGCCGCAGCCAAGCAGGAAGCACAGCAAAAUCAACAGCAACAACAACUACCACCACCAGAUGAGGAUGUCGGCGGCGACUUGUGGUUUUAAACGCGAAAUUUUGUUACUUUGUUAAAGUAACGUGAGAGAAAUGUAUAUUUAAUAUAUUUAAGAAUAGGUUAUAUACAAUUAAGAAUUGACAAAUUGUUAAGUCCAUGUUGUAAGAGUAAUUUAGGACUAUUAUGUGCAUAUAUGUAUAGGUCUUGUAAAUAUAGAAUAAAAUGUUUUUUUUCUAUCUCUUAGAGCGCGUUAAUUAAAGCGUGCUAAAUAUGCUACUACAUUAUACUUAUGUAAAUAGGUUUAUUUUAAGCAAUACAUUGUUAUUACUUGUGUUAUAUAGAUCUUUAUAAUCUUGCUAUCUUAGAAGUAAUACAUCUGUGAAAAGAAAAAGGGGAAAAAUAUGACAAACUCACUUUUUAGUUAUAGCGUUCGCUUUUGUCUACAAAAUUAACUAGUGAUUAUGAAUAAUAUAACGUGAACUUUUCAACGCAAUGAAAACU